ACUAUAAUAACAUCGUAGAAGAAGACGUGGGAGGAGCUUCUCGAAAAUGUCUGAGUACGCAGCAUCUCAGAAGAGUGCCCUGAAUUUAAAAGGCCUUGGGUCCAUUUCAGCUGGAAAAAGGAAGAAGAAGAAGGCCAAAGAGAGUAAGCGUCUCUUAGAGCAGGCCGCCCAACAAAACGAGGAGGAGGAGAAGAAGACAUAUGUUGACAAAAGAACACCGGCUCAAAUGUCCUUUGACAAAAUGGCGGAGAAGAGGCAAAUGGAGAGGAUUUUGAACAAGGCAUCAAAGACUCACAAACUGAGAGUGGAGGACUUCAAUCGGCACCUGGACUGCCUGACUGAGCAUUAUGAUAUUCCCAAGGUCAGCUGGACCAAAUAGAAGAGGAGCAAGCGGUCUCUUUGUUUAUUUUUUACUGAUUGAACUUAAGUCAUCACAUUUAUUUGCUUAUUUUAUAUAUUUACAAUUAAAAGUCCUUCAAUUGGCCUCAAGUAAUUCUCAUGUUUUACUUCCGUGUGUAUACAAUAAAGGAUUUGAGUAAACUGAUA